AUGGUAUUCCGCUCCCCCCUAGACCUCUAUUCCUCCCACUUCUUGUUGCCAAACUUCGCCGAUUCUCACCACUGCUCCCUACUUCUGGCGAGUAGCGGCGGCGGGAACAGUGCGGGAGGCGGCGGCGGCGGCGGCGGCGGCGGCGGCGGCGCGGGAGGCGGCGGCGGCGGCGGCGGCGGCGGGAACCGUGCGGGAGGCGGCGGUGCUGGCGGAGCAGGCGGCGGCGGCGGCGGCGGCAGCGGCGGCGGCGGCGGCGGCUCCAGGGCCCCCCCGGAAGAGUUGUCCAUGUUCCAGCUGCCCACCCUCAACUUCUCGCCGGAGCAGGUGGCCAGCGUCUGCGAGACGCUGGAGGAGACGGGCGACAUCGAGCGGCUGGGCCGCUUCCUCUGGUCGCUGCCCGUGGCCCCCGGGGCUUGCGAGGCCAUCAACAAACACGAGUCGAUCCUGCGCGCGCGCGCCGUGGUUGCCUUCCACACGGGCAACUUCCGCGACCUCUACCACAUCCUGGAGAACCACAAGUUCACCAAGGAAUCCCACGGCAAGCUUCAGGCCAUGUGGCUCGAGGCGCAUUACCAGGAGGCCGAGAAGCUGCGCGGCCGCCCGCUCGGCCCGGUGGACAAGUACCGCGUGCGCAAGAAGUUCCCGCUGCCGCGCACCAUCUGGGACGGCGAGCAGAAGACGCAUUGCUUCAAGGAGCGGACUCGGAGCCUGCUGCGGGAGUGGUACCUGCAGGACCCCUACCCCAACCCCAGCAAGAAACGCGAACUGGCGCAGGCCACCGGCCUCACUCCCACACAAGUAGGCAACUGGUUUAAGAACCGGCGGCAGCGCGACCGCGCCGCAGCGGCCAAGAACAGGCUCCAGCACCAGGCCAUCGGACCGAGCGGAAUGCGUUCGCUAGCCGAGCCCGGCUGUCCGACACACGGCUCGGCAGAGUCGCCGUCCACGGCGGCCAGCCCGACCACCAGCGUGUCCAGCCUGACAGAGCGCGCGGACACCGGCACCUCCAUCCUCUCGGUAACCUCCAGCGACUCGGAAUGUGAUGUAUGA